CCUUCUGAAAAACAACUUCAAAACUCUUAAGAACUUCCUCUUAACAAAUGUCUUUCUGCUUACAAAAUAAUGUAUAAUACCCACUUAAUGUCGCUCCCUCUCAGCUUUACGAAAGCAUUUGAAGCGUAUCAGAAGACAUUCUUAAAUUACCCGAGUAAGGCUCCGCUUGUUUUAAAAUAAACGGAAUAAUGAUAUUUUCGAGCGAAUAUAUGAGGGAGAAAUUGUCUAUCCUAACUCCUUUUCUGCCGUAUGGCGUUCUAGAAUCUUGGGAGGAUCUUAAUCCACGACUUUACCAUGCGGUGCACAUUUAUUGGCUAAAAUUCUACGGGUUAUGGUACAAUACGCAUCCGAAAACCAGUUUACUUUUCUGGGUGCACAUAGUUUACACAAUAGUGGUUCUGUGGCUCGUGUGUUUUCUACCCGGCAUAGGCGAGGUCGUCUAUUUACUCAGACGACGAGAUAACAUUGGAGAUAUCGCUGAGGGAUUGUAUUUGUUCUUAAGUGAAAUGUAUACGUACAUAAAACUGUCAGCGUUUUGGUUGAAAAGGAAGGAAAUAAUGGCGCUCCUUGAGUUCCUUCAUCGAGAUGAGUUCAAAGUCAAGGAACCGGAGCAUAGAGAAAUCAUACGGAAGAGUAUUAAGAGGGCCCGCUUCGUGAUGACAUAUUAUUCAAGCAUGUGUGUGGGCGCAGUGAGCGUGGGAAUACUGAUGCCUCUCGCCGAACAGUUCGAAGUGCUGCCCACGAACGUGGAAUAUCCAUAUUUCGAUGUGUAUAAAUCACCAGCCUACGGAAUCAUUUACAUACACCACAUAUAUUACAAGCCAGCAACGUGCAUUAUUGACGGCGUAAUGGAUACCAUAUUGGCGGCUUUCAUCGCCUCAGCCAUUGGUCAAAUAGACGUCCUAGCUUUCAACCUCAGAAACUUCAACUUAAUUGUGGAGCGACGAUGCAAGAUGCUGCCUUUCGCAGAAGUGAACAACAAGAGUACAAAGCACAUGUCUUUGGUGGACCACGAAGAGUCGACUCGGCAUUCUCAACGCGCCGUGUUUAAAGACAUCAUUAAGCACCAUAACAGCAUUAUAAAAUACGUUUCGUUGAUCGAGAGCGCGUUCAGUCUGGCCUCGGCCCUGCAAUUAAUGCUGAGUGUGAUGGUGCUCUGUUUGAUCGGGAUACAAUUCCUUUCGAUUGAAGAGCCUAGCAGUCACCCCAUACAAAUCGCCUGGAUGGCUAUUUAUCUCACCUGCAUGCUCAUCGAAGUUUUCAUUAUCUGCUGGUUCGGAGAUGAACUCAUAUGGAAGAGCUGGGAGCUUCACCAAGCAGCAUUCGACUCCCCCUGGCCCUCAACUGACUCCAAAACCGCCAUGUUCAUCGUCAUCUUCAUGGAGCGCUGCAAGCGACCCCUGCGCGUCACCGCCGGCAAAAUCUUCACGCUCUCACUGGACACUUACACUAAUCUUAUCAAUUGGUCCUACAAAGCGUUUGCAGUCAUGAGGAAUGUGAAGAAAUAAAGCAUGAUGAAGAACUCACAAGAAAAUAAUUUUAAAUAAAAUGGUAGAAAGCAUUUUAAGAAAAGUGCCUUAGCAUUCGUCUUGGCCGCUGUACACACUCGUCGAGAGCCUCUCUCCGAGACUCUCGGCACCACCGCUGCGAGUUCGACCCAUUUGGAGAUGCGCGAGACGAGACGAGGAAGAGCGAGACGAGAAGGGUGUACUCACUCGUUCUCGGACUGUCUCGGGGUGUUUCGACGAGUGUGUACAGCUCGCAUUAAAUGUCAAACAUGAUUAUUACACAGCAAUUAUUUUAACAAGACGACAAUUAUUAUUUGAUAUUGAAAUUUGACUUGUAAAAUGACUAAGCACUUAAUAUAAUUUCGAACGCAGCGCUGUCGCCUUAAAUUUGCAUUGACAUUUUAUAGAAUUUAGCAGCUAAUAUUGAAUUCGACUUGUUGUGAAAUGAGUCAAAGCUAAUUUUAGUGAUUUAGAAUAGUCGUUAGGAAUAGAGCAAUAUUAGAGGCGGCCAUUAUGGCAGCUAAUGGGGAUAAUUGGCAGCGGCGGCGAAAUUAAUGUGUAUCAAACAUGCAACACGGUCUAAUGCUCAGAUACUUGCAGUAUAGGUGUAACACAGAUUUUGGCGUAAAAAAUGU